GUCGGGACUUGUCAGCACUGGUCUUGCCCCAUCCUGUCGCCAUCAUCCUAGUGUUCCGCAACCUGGGCGCUGCAAAGGAGAGGUCCCCAACUCUCAAGGGUCUCGGCUGCGUGACUGUGAGCCGUCCAGGACGAUCUCGAUGGUCUGCCUUGAUGGAUGCCAUGGUCAUGAAAGACGUCUGGGGCGACAGAGAAUGGAAAUCACGGUUGCCAUUAUCGGCCAAGGCCAGGGUUGAGGGCAUCCGAUUGCUGAAGAACCCGAUCCCAACGAAGAUCGUGCGGAUGCAAGGGAAGAUAGAGCUAGUUCUCACUGGCUUAAUCGGCAUCAUCCUUGAGAAGCUUAGCU